GAAAUAGUCACAACUCAGCUCUUCACCAAGGAGUCGGGGAAAAAAAGAAAAAUGACCAAAUUCUAAAAUUGUUUGAAUUUGACAAAAUUUAUCGACAGAAUGCCUUCAUCACCGAUUGUAGCAUAUUCCUAUGAUCCAGAUGUUGGAAAUUUUCACUAUGGGCCAGGGCACCCAAUGAAACCACAGAGAAUUGCAUUGACACACUGCCUUGUCAUGCAUUAUAAUUUACACAAGAAGAUGCAAGUGUAUCGGCCCUACAGAGCUUCAAUGCACGACAUGUGCAGAUUUCACUCCGAUGACUACAUAGACUUCCUGAUGAGAGUUUCUCCACAAAAUGUACAGAACUUCACAAAACAGCUCAGUAUGUUCAAUGUGGGAGAUGACUGCCCAGUGUUUGAUGGGAUAUAUGAUUUUUGUUCCAUGUAUACAGGGGCGACUUUAGAGGGAUCGGUCAAAUUGAACAAUAAUGAUUGUGAUAUAGCAGUGAACUGGUCAGGGGGAUUACAUCAUGCCAAAAAGUUUGAAGCCUCAGGGUUUUGCUAUGUUAACGAUAUAGUCAUUGGUAUCUUAGAAUUAUUGAAAUAUCACCCCCGUGUUCUAUAUAUAGACAUAGACAUUCACCAUGGUGAUGGUGUACAGGAGGCAUUCUAUCUCACAGACAGGGUCAUGACUGUCUCAUUCCACAAAUACGGCAACUACUUCUUUCCAGGAACAGGUGAUAUGUAUGAGCUAGGAGCAGAGUGUGGUAGAUACUACUCAUUGAAUGUACCUCUCAGAGAAGGCAUGGAUGAUCAAAUGUACAUGCAUGUGUUCAAGCCAACUAUACAGCAGGUCAUAGAAUUUUACAGACCUUCAGUUAUUGUCCUGCAGUGUGGUGCAGAUUCUUUAGGCAGUGACAGACUGGGUUGCUUUAACCUUAGUAUAAAAGGACACGGGGAGUGUGUGAAAGUUGUAAAAGAGUAUGGUUUACCCCUGUUGGUACUGGGAGGUGGAGGUUAUACCAAGAGGAACGUGGCUAGAUGCUGGACGUACGAGACGGGGGUUAUACUCAAUGAAGAGAUAAGCAAUGAAAUUCCUUAUAAUGAGUAUCUGGAAUACUUUGCACCAGAUUUUACACUGCAUCCAGAUAUCUCAACAAAGCAGGAAAAUCAGAACACAAAACAGUACAUUGAGAGUCUGAAACAGAUGGUAAGCGAGAACUUGAAGCAGCUGGCCUGCUCUCCGAGUGUAGAAAUGCAGGAUAUACCACCUGAUCUACUGUCCCUAGAAAACACAGAGGAACCUAACCCCGAUAUUCUUAAUAACCAGGCAGAUGUGGAUAAACGGAUUGAGGCAAACAAUGAAUAUUAUGAUGGUGACAAAGACAAUGACAAGGAAAAUGAUGCAUUUAUUGAAGUGUGAUGAAAGGACAUCCUAGCUUUAGAUCAGGAACACAGUACUUUAGGCAGCAGUGGUUGUACAUAUAACACAGCAGACAGCGGUUAACAAGGCUCCUGGGGGAAAUGUGAUAGCAGUGUUAAGUGUUUAAGGACAGUUGACUGUUUGGUGGACUGAUGUGACAGAGUGUGAAAUAACAUGGAUGUACUGUAUUUAUGUGGUGCAGUCUGGUGCAAUACACUGUUCAGAACAUCUGCAGCAGGUGUUCUAUUGUCAGAAUAUCAGUUUAAAUGUGACAUACAAUGUAAUUUUAUGGAAUAUAACUCCAUAAUUCAACACAGUAAAGAUACAUGUCAGGGAAUGAUGCGAUAUGAAAGUUGUGUAAAAAUCUCCAGAAAGAGGUGAUGGUAGCACAGAAUGUGUUCUUUUAAAUGUUAGCAUUGUUAAUUUAAGGGGUCAUCUGUUUAAGAUAUAGUCUCUACCGUGGUCAUACUGCAUUAUCUUGUGUAAUGCCUUUAUCUGGAAUAUGUUUAGUAUACAGGCAGUUCUAGAUAUUGUUCACUUUUUUGUAAACACAAUUUUAACCCCAUCAAAGAAUUAUUUUAUAUUUUUUAUUGUGUCUUUUCCAAGGUUUAAACUGAUUCAGAGGUCAACUUCUGUUUUGCCUGGGUAGAGGUCAGCUUCUGUUUUGCCUGGGUAGAUAUGUUAAGGACAGAAAACAGAUCUUAUUCAUUGUAGUGGCAUUUAUUGUAUACUUUUGUUAUGAAAUAGUUUUGUGUCUGCAUGUAAGUCUGUAAAAUAAUAGUAUAUACAUAACUGUAGCUCGAUUUAUUUUCUGAUAGAACUUGCUACACUUUUUCAGUACUGCAUGAAUCUCUUCCUCUAUAUAAUAAAUAAACCGGAGAAUCUA